CCCUCAGCCUUCCCCUCCCGCAUCAAGUCGGAGUGGUACGCGCUCCCCGGUGCAGACGCGGAACUGGCGCCCGCUCGCCCGCCGCGGCGCCGGGCUCGGAAGCGAAGAGCGCUCCGCGGUCGGGAGACGUCAGGCGGGCCUGGCAGGUUCCUGUGAGCUGGGGAGAUUAUAUCAGAAUUCCUCCUGGGAACGCCGACCUCUUGUUCAGUGCCCCGAAGUUUCUCUGCGAUGAACUGAUAAAUUGGAACCAUGGUGCAAAAGAAGCUCUGCCCUCGGUUACUUGACUAUUUAGUGAUCGUAGGGGCAAGGCACCCAAGCAGUGACAGUGUGGCUCAGACUCCUGAAUUGCUGCGGCGGUACCCUCUAGAGGACCACCCUGAGUUUCCCCUGCCCCCAGACGUGGUGUUCUUCUGCCAGCCAGAGGGAUGUCUGAGUGUGCGGCAGCGGCGCAUGAGCCUUCGAGAUGAUACCUCUUUUGUCUUCACCCUAACCGACAAGGACACGGGAGUCACCCGUUAUGGCAUCUGUGUUAACUUCUACCGUUCCUUCCAAAAGCGAAUGCCGAAGGAAAAGGUGGAAGGCGGAGCAGGACCCCGUGGGAAGGAAGGAACUCAUGUCACCUGUGCCUCAGAAGAGGUUGGCACUGAGAGCUCAGAGAGCGGCCCCACCUUGCAGCCUCCUAGUGCUGACUCCACUCCUGACAUGAACCAGUCUCCUCGGGGCAAACGCCAUGCAAAGGCAGGCAGCCGCUCCCGCAACAGUACCCUAACAUCCCUGUGUGUGCUCAGCCACUAUCCUUUCUUCUCUACCUUCAGAGAGUGUCUGUAUACUCUCAAACGUCUGGUAGACUGCUGCAGUGAACGGCUGUUAGGCAAGAAACUGGGCAUCCCACGAGGUGUACAAAGGGACACUAUGUGGCGGAUCUUUACUGGAUCACUGCUAGUGGAGGAGAAGUCAAGUGCCCUUCUGCAUGACCUUCGAGAGAUUGAGGCCUGGAUCUACCGGUUGCUACGCUCCCCAGUACCUGUCUCUGGGCAGAAGCGAGUGGACAUUGAGGUCCUACCCCAGGAACUCCAGCCAGCUCUGACGUUUGCUCUUCCAGACCCCUCUCGAUUCACCCUGGUAGAUUUCCCACUUCACCUCCCCUUGGAACUUCUGGGUGUGGAUGCUUGUCUUCAGGUGCUCACCUGCAUCCUGUUGGAGCACAAGGUGGUGCUACAGUCUCGAGACUACAAUGCACUCUCCAUGUCUGUGAUGGCGUUUGUGGCAAUGAUCUACCCCCUGGAGUACAUGUUUCCUGUCAUCCCACUGCUCCCCACAUGCAUGGCAUCGGCAGAGCAGCUACUCUUGGCUCCAACCCCAUACAUCAUUGGAGUUCCUGCCAGCUUUUUCCUCUACAAGCUAGACUUCAAAAUGCCUGAUGAUGUGUGGCUAGUGGAUUUGGACAGCAAUAGGGUGAUUGCUCCCACCAAUGCAGAAGUGCUACCUAUCCUGCCAGAACCAGAGUCAUUAGAGCUGAAAAAGCACUUGAAGCAGGCCCUAGCCAGCAUGAGUCUCAACACCCAGCCCAUUCUUAAUCUGGAGAAAUUCCAUGAGGGCCAGGAGAUCCCCCUUCUCUUGGGAAGGCCUUCUAACGACCUUCAGUCCACACCUUCCACUGAAUUCAAUCCACUCAUUUAUGGCAAUGAUGUAGAUUCAGUCGACGUUGCCACCAGAGUGGCCAUGGUUCGUUUCUUCAACUCUGCUAACGUGCUGCAGGGCUUUCAGAUGCACACACGUACCCUGCGACUCUUCCCCCGACCUGUGGUAGCUUUCCAAGCUGGCUCCUUUCUGGCCUCACGUCCCCGGCAGACCCCUUUUGCUGAGAAACUGGCCAGGACUCAAGCUGUGGAGUACUUUGGAGAAUGGAUCCUGAACCCUUCUAACUAUGCCUUCCAACGAAUUCACAACAAUAUGUUUGAUCCAGCCCUUAUUGGUGACAAGCCUAAGUGGUAUGCUCACCAGCUGCAGCCCAUCCAUUAUCGAGUCUACGACGGCAAUUCUCAGCUGGCUGAGGCCUUGAGUGUGCCACCAGAGCGUGAUUCUGAUUCUGACCCCACUGAUGACAGUGGCAGUGAUAGUAUGGGUUAUGAUGACUCAAGCUCUUCCUACUCCUCCCUUGGGGACUUUGUCAGUGAAAUGAUGAAAUGCGACAUCAAUGGUGAUACUCCCAAUGUGGACCCUCUGACGCAUGCAGCCCUGGGAGAUGCCAGUGAAGUGGAGAUUGAUGAGCUUCAGACGCGGAAGGAGGGCGAGGAUCCUGGCCCAGACAGUGCCACCUCUCAGGGAAAUCCCCCGCUCCGCUCGAGCUGCGGCACUGCUGCUAGCAGCAGCCCUGGCACUGUCGCCCACGGUGCCCACUCUGAACACGCUGAUUCUACAGAGAUGGAUGAUAAGGUGGCAGCAGGCAGCUCCAAGCCCCUCACUCCUGUGCCUCUGGGCAUUUGCAAAUCUACUGUGGACAGGAGACAGACAGAGACUGGAGAGGGGUCAGUGUACCAGCGAACGAAUGACAAUCCAUACUUCGAGCCCCAAUAUGGCUUUCCCCCUGAGGAAGAUGAUGAUGAGCAGGGGGAAAGCUAUACUCCCCGAUUCAGCCAACAUGUCAGUGGCAAUGGGGCUCAAAAGCUGCUGCGGCCCAACAGCUUGAAACUGGCAAGUGACUCAGAUGCAGAGUCAGACUCCAGAGCAAGCUCUCCCAACUCCACUGUCUCUAACAACAGCACCGAGGGCUUCGGGGGCAUCAUGUCUUUUGCCAGCAGCCUGUAUCGCAACCAUAGUACAAGCUUCAGUCUUUCAAACCUCACACUGCCCACCAAAGGUGCCCGAGAGAAGACUACACCAUUCCCCAGCCUGAAAGUAUUUGGGCUAAAUACUCUAAUGGAGAUUGUUACUGAAGCCGGCCCUGGGAGUGGUGAAGGAAACAGGAGGGCCUUGGUGGACCAGAAGUCAUCUGUCAUUAAACACAGCCCAACCGUGAAAAGAGAACCUCCAUCACCACAGGGCCGGUCCAGCAAUUCUAGCGAGAACCAGCAGUUCCUGAAGGAAGUGGUACACAGUGUGCUGGAUGGCCAGGGAGUAGGCUGGCUCAAUAUGAAAAAGGUGCGCCGGCUGCUGGAGAGUGAGCAGCUCCGAGUCUUUGUGCUGAGCAAGCUGAACCGAGCAGUACAAUCAGAGGACGAUGCCCGGCAGGAUAUCAUCCAAGAUGUGGAGAUCAGUCGGAAGGUGUACAAGGGAAUGCUAGACCUCCUCAAGUGCACGGUUCUUAGUCUUGAGCAGUCCUAUGCCCACGCAGGUCUGGGUGGCAUGGCCAGCAUCUUUGGGCUUUUGGAGAUUGCCCAGACCCACUACUAUAGUAAAGAACCAGACAAACGGAAGAGAAGUCCAACAGAAAAUGUAAAUACCCCUGUUGGCAAAGACCCUGGUCUGGCUGGGCGGGGGGACCCAAAGGCUAUGACACAGCUAAGGGUCCCUCAGCUGGGUCCUCGGGCACCAAGUGCUACAGGAAAGGGUCCUAAAGAACUGGAUACCAGAAGUUUAAAGGAAGAGAAUUUUGUAGCAUCUGUUGAAUUGUGGAACAAGCACCAGGAAGUGAAAAAGCAAAAGGCUUUGGAGAAACAGAGACCGGAGGUAAUCAAGCCUGCCUUUGACCUUGGCGAGACAGAGGAGAAAAAGUCCCAGAUCAGCGCAGACAGUGGUGUGAGCCUGACAUCUGCUUCCCAGAGGACAGAUCAAGACUCUGUCAUCAGUGUGAGUCCAGCUGUUAUGAUCCGGAGCUCAAGUCAGGACUCUGAAGUUAGCACUGUGGUGAGUAAUAGUUCUGGAGAGACCCUUGGAGCAGAUAGCGACCUGAGCAGCAAUGCAGGUGAUGGGCCAGGAGGAGAAGGCAGUGCCCACUUGACAAGUUCUCGGGCUACACUGUCUGACAGUGAAAUUGAAACCAAUUCUGCCACAAGCACCAUCUUUGGUAAAGCCCAUAGCUUGAAGCCAAAGGAGAAGCUGGCUGGCAGUCCAGUUCGCUCUUCCGAAGAUGUAAGCCAGCGAGUGUAUCUCUAUGAGGGACUACUAGGAAGGGACAAAGGAUCAAUGUGGGACCAGUUAGAGGAUGCUGCUAUGGAGACCUUUUCUAUAAGCAAAGAGCGUUCUACUUUAUGGGACCAAAUGCAGUUCUGGGAAGAUGCAUUCUUAGAUGCUGUGAUGUUGGAAAGAGAAGGGAUGGGUAUGGACCAGGGCCCUCAGGAAAUGAUUGACAGGUACCUGUCCCUAGGAGAACAUGACCGGAAGCGCCUGGAGGAUGAUGAAGAUCGUUUACUGGCCACACUUUUACACAACCUCAUAUCCUAUAUGCUACUGAUGAAGGUGAACAAGAAUGACAUCAGGAAGAAAGUACGGCGCCUGAUGGGAAAGUCCCACAUUGGCCUUGUAUACAGCCAGCAAAUCAAUGAGGUGCUUGAUCAGCUGACCAGUCUGAGUGGACGUGAUCUCGCCAUCCGGUCCAGCGGCAGCCGGCACAUGAAGAAACAGACGUUUGUGGUACAUGCAGGGACAGACACAAAUGGAGACAUCUUUUUUAUGGAAGUGUGUGAUGACUGUGUGGUGUUACGCAGUAACAUCGGGACAGUGUAUGAGCGCUGGUGGUAUGAGAAGCUCAUCAACAUGACCUACUGUCCCAAGACCAAGGUCCUGUGUCUGUGGCGUAGGAAUGGCUCCGAGACCCAGCUCAACAAGUUCUAUACUAAGAAGUGUCGGGAGCUGUACUACUGCGUGAAGGACAGCAUGGAGCGUGCAGCUGCCCGGCAACAAAGCAUCAAACCUGGGCCUGAACUAGGUGGUGAGUUCCCUGUGCAGGACAUGAAGACUGGAGAGGGUGGCUUGCUUCAAGUCACCCUGGAAGGGAUCAAUCUCAAGUUCAUGCACAACCAGGUUUUCAUAGAGCUGAAUCACAUAAAAAAGUGCAAUACAGUUCGAGGCGUCUUUGUCCUGGAAGAAUUUGUUCCUGAAAUUAAAGAAGUGGUGAGCCACAAGUACAAGACACCAAUGGCCCACGAGAUCUGCUACUCGGUGUUGUGUCUCUUCUCGUAUGUGGCUGCCGUUCGUAGCAGUGAAGAAGACCUCCGAACCCCACCUCGGCCUGUCUCUAGCUGAUAGAGAAGGGUACACAGCUGGCCCAGCCCAGGGGUCACCCCUCACCUCUCGCUGCUCUCCUGCGCCAAAGCUGCCGUGACAGAGAAGGGGAUGGUGUGUGUAUGUUCUCUGCAAGCUCCUUCCUAUGGUUUAGGUGGUUUUGUUUUAUGCCUGAAUGUGUCUUUGUGUCUGUCUGUCACGGGGCUAAGCUAGUCCCAUUACCUUCUCUUCCUCUAAUACCAGACAAGCCUCCUAUCCCCUCAGGGCUCCAGAGAGUGUGUGUGUGUCUGUGGGGCCACUGUGAGCCCACCAUUGAGUGUCCUUGAGCUGUUUGUACUGUGGUCCUAUGUCAUUGUCCUUAUACCCUCCAGUUUAGGGCUCUUCUCUCCAUCCUCUGACCUGGCGCUAUACCUGGGAUACCUGGGACAGUUCCACUCUGGGAAGUGAGAGAUAAUUGGGGCCAGCCUUCCUGGCUGAGGAUUGGGCAGGAGAAGGAUUCAAGGGAAGCUGGAGUAAAUGGUAACCCUUCCUGCUUCCUCACACAAUUGAUAAACUGGCUGCAGGUCAUGCUGCUGCCUGGCCCAACUCCAUCAGUGAAAUAGUGCUCCUGAGCGGCUGCCAUGUGCUGAGUUGGGAUUUUUACAGUGAUCUUCCUGGCCUUUGUCAUAAGGUGACAGAGGGGUGAGGGUGAUGGCCUUCCAGCGACCAGCAGAUACUCUGCCUAAGAGCCAGGGAAGGGUGGGUCAGAGCCAAGUUGAGUCCAGCAUGCAUGCCUAUCUUCAGGCAGUGUCUCCUGGCUUCAGUGCCAGAAGGAAGAUAUGGACUGGACAGGAAAUGAAUGUAAAUAUUUCAGCUCUGCAUUAUUUAUAGACAGCGUACAGCUGUGUGAUGUGAAAUAAAUGUCCUUAACUCCA